GCACUAUUGACAAAGCCAUUAUCUAUGGUGAGAUGGCAGAUUGACCCUGAGGAGGUCAUGCUCAGUAUUGCUGCACGAUUCGAGCCGUCAACAUGAAGACUUCCAUCGUCCUAACAUGUGUGUGUGUAUGCAUGCUACUUCUGAUUCAGCCGGGUGAGGCAGGACAAAGCCAGUCGAAGGUUCCACAGAUAUGUGCACCGGGGUCUACAUUCAAGGAGGCCUGCAACACCUGUAACUGUAACGACCUUGGCACCUCCAAGACAUGCACCAGGGAACUGUGUGACCCCUGACAGUUUGGUGGUUGACUUACAUACCACAGUAUUACUAUAACCUUAUAUAUAUCUUCGCUUUCAUGAUAUUUCGCAAAAAUAAAAUAAUACACAUUUCUACUUUCUUUGUGUUUCAAAUAACAUUUCUAUGCUUGAAUUUGUACUUAUACUAUAGCAACUCUUAUUAAAUAUAACAAUUGAAAAGGAG